ACCUUCAUACGCAUGCGUACAUCAAGACGCGCCUCUUUGGAAAGACGUGCAACGGAGAAUGUACCGACCGACUCAGAUUUAUGCUUCAUUUUCUAACCCAGCGGACGAUGAUAGGAAUAAGGCUAAAGGUGAAGUAGAUCUUAAGAAAGAUAAGUGUGCAAGAAUGCGUCAAGUCCAAGUUCAAGCACUUGGAGAAAUUAGUUUUCCACCUGACCGAUGCAAGGUUACUAUCGUCUCUAGCAGUAGGAAAGAUAAUGUACAAGAAGCUAAGAACAGUGUCACAAGACGAUUAGAUUACAUUUUACAGGUUCUCCACAACCACCAAGUUAAGGAAGGGGAUAUCCAGGUAUCAAAAUUUCUGAAAAGAGAAGACUCAGCAUAUGCCAUGGUGUCCGAAGUAACUGUAUUAUUUGUGGAUUUUGACAAAUGCCAGACUGUGUCAAAUUUUCUGGUUGAAAAACUGGAUGAAAGUGUCAAAGUUUCAAGUCCUGAGUUUUUUCACAGCUCAGGAAGAAUAGAUAUGCUCAGGAGGCAGACCUGUCUGACAGCAGUGCACAAUGCAAAAAUAAAAGCUCAGGAAAUAGCACGCUCCUUAAAUCAAUCUGUUGGUCAAGCUGUCUCAGUAUCAGAGGACUCUAGCAGUGAAUGGGAGGGGACAGGAGAGAUUGCCCCAGAACAACUGCAGCAUUUAACUCAACAGCAAAGGAUUGCUAUGGCAACUAUCAGUUGCUCCGUUAAAGUGAUGGCUGUAUUUGAACUGAAAGCACAUGGAAAGACAAAGCAAAACAACAUAAACAAGUAGUAUUUUAUUUAGGUUUUUAAUUUAAAAAAAUUAACCACCCAAAUAAGGACAUGCCAAGUCACUUGCAUAGUGCUAAUGCUUUUGUCCCAAGGUUUGAAAUCCCCAUUUGCCCCUGCAGCAACCUUUACCAAACAUUUGCUUAACAAGGGAAAAAAUGGCAAAGAUUUCAUCAAGACCAGAAAGCUCAGUUAGACACUUACAUUUGCCACUAUUGGUACCCUUCAAACACAAAUGCCACCAAGUGCAAAUCUCCUGUUGAAACCAGAAAAGCACUUGAAUGUUCAUUCCUUGAAAUUAGAAAUUAGGGAAAUUAAAAAUAAAAAAUACACAAAGGACCAUGUUGAUGAGUAUUUAUUUGUGCAUUUAUACAGCACUGAUACUGGCACUAAAGACGUUUACCAAGAUUUUUUUUUUCAUGUUAGUAAAUCUUAAAACAGUGAAAACAUUCUCAUUUGUUAGCUGACCAUGAUAAAUUAAAUUGUAUAAGAUAAUAAACUGAAUAUCCAUACA